UGGCCGAUGUUUUUCGUGUGUUGAUCGUCGUUGUUCGUUUGGUUCAUUGUUUCGCAGCUAAACAUUUUCUUUCUGUCAAACGUAUUAACUAGCCGUGUUUGCCGCAUCUUUUCUCGUGAGAACUUCCGACUCGAGUUUUGUUAGGAAAAAACGCAUAAUAAUGAAACUAAACUUAAUAAUCCUGUUGCUGGUACUGCCAGCACUGAUUUGCACUUUCAAUGCGCAACACAAAUUCGCUGCAUAUGCUGAUGGUUCAGCAGAGGACGACCUCGUAGAUGUGGAGGGCGAAGAUGGUGCCGUUACCGGCGAAGACGCCGAAACUGAAGAAGACUCUGAUUCUACAACGACCACUUCCCCUUACGCUGACACCUAUUUGCUUUUUACAAAACCUUUGUAUACAGCUGGACAACAAUUGGAUUUACCUGGUGGCAAACCCGUUGAAUUCUUAAUUGGUUUCACAAACAAAGGCAAAACUGAUUUUGUCAUUGAAACUGUCGAGGCUUCUUUCCGUUAUCCCAUGGAUUUCAACUACCACAUACAGAACUUCUCAGCUGUUGCAUACAAUCGUGAAGUGCAACCUGGUUUAGAAGCCACAGUUUCGUAUUCGUUCAUGCCAUCAGACACAUUCGCUGGUCGACCAUUCGGUUUGAAUAUUGCCUUGAAUUAUCGUGAUGCCGCAGGUGCCCAAUUCAGUGAAGCCGUUUUCAAUGAAACCGUCAUGAUUUCCGAAAUAGAUGAAGGCUUGGAUGGUGAAACAUUCUUCUUGUAUGUACUGCUGGCUGGUAUUGUUGUACUGUUGCUGGUUAUCGGCCAACAAUACCUCUUAGGCUCAUCUGGUAAGAGGAAGCGUGCUGCUGCUAAAAAGACAAUCGAAACUGGCACCUCCAAUAACAGCAACAUCGAAUAUGAAUGGCUGCCACAAGAAACAUUGCGAGUGCUGCAACAAUCACCGCCAAAAUCAAAAACCUCAAAGACCUCUCCAAAGCCAGGUAAACAGAGCAGCCCAAAACAAGGCCAAAGCCCAAAGCAGCGAAAGGUGAAACGUACCGCUGGUGACGAUUAGACUAAGACUGUGAGCCGAACACAGUAACAACAGCAAAACAAUCACCUCAAAUGAACACGCAUAAUCGCCUUACAAUCAUUUUGUAAUCAUUAUAUUUUAUUUUUAAUAUUGUUUUGCCCUUUCAUGUGCGUUAAUUGAGAAUUAUUAGUUUUCGAUAAAUACAAGUUAUUUUUAAGUCUGAA